CAGCAGCAGCAGCAGCAGCAGCAGCUUUGCCCUUAGGGCUUUUUUCCUCCCCGACGUCGACCAUAACUAACAAUUUGGAUUCAACGCGCGGAUGAGGGCAAUUACUGGACUUAAUCUAUCAUAAUGUCUGCUUUCCGAUCGACUGAUAGUCAAAUGAGUUAGAAGCAAUGGCUGAAAAGAUCUGAGUCAACCGGGUGCGAGAAGUGGCUGUUUAAAUGAAUCCUAACUAAAAAAAAAAAAAAAGAAAAAAAAAGAAGCAGCACUUUGAUUUCACUGCAGAGCAGACUUGGGGGAAGCUGAUCGGUGGACAUCAUGUACAGAUUGGCGGAUUUCACACUCAGAAAAACACUGAGUGCGUUUGAUUUCGGAUUACUGUGACACACGGGACGUAUUUUUUUUUUAAGUGGGAGAUUUUUUAUUUAUUUUUUUUAGGAGUCUGCUUCCUCUCGCUCCUGUUCGCUGUCCUCCGGGUUCCUGCAGGACUCCAGAGUCGCGGAGAGCCCAUGCAGUCGCCAAGGGAGAGGAGUGAAGUGCGACCCCGAGCUGGAUGGAUGGUUAUGGGGAAAAGAGGAAGACCCUCGGCGCUUGAAGUGUGCAGAGUCCUCGUUGUGUUUCUCUCACUCUUCCCCUCCGUGAGUCUGCAGUGCAAGAUCCUCAAGUGUAACUCGGAAUUUUGGGCCUCCACCUCGAACUCAGGACCGGAGGAGGAGUUUUGCACGGCGCUGCGAGCAUACAACAGCUGCGUGCGCCGGACCGCACGUACCUGCAGGGGCGACUUGGCGUACCACUCCGCCCAGCAUGGCAUAGAGGAUCUAAUGAGCCAACAUAACUGCUCCAAGGAGGGGCCCACAUCCCAACCACGUGCCCGGACCUCACUUCCUCCUCCACCCCCUCCACUCCUGCCCGGCAGUCAGGAACGCUCCGAUGGCCCGGAAGUGUGCCACUAUGAGCGCAGCCUUCCACGCAACACAUCGCCACCCAACUACACCCACUGUGGCUUCUUUGGAGACCCGCACCUCCGAACCUUUGGAGAUGACUUCCAGACAUGUAAGGUGGAAGGAGCCUGGCCGCUCAUCCACAACAAAUACCUAUCUGUUCAGGUGACCAACACUCCUGUGGUGCCGGGGUCUUUGGCCACCGCCACAAGCAAGCUGACAAUCAUCUUUAAGAAUUUCCAAGAAUGUGUGGACCAGAAGAUGUACCACGCAGAGACAGAUGAACUGCCAGCUGCAUUUGCAGAUGGCUCCAAGAACGGAGGAGAUAGGCACGGAGCGAACACCCUGCGCGUGGUGGAGAAGGUUCCUGGGCAGCAUGUGGAGAUUCAGGCCAGGUACAUUGGAACAACCAUAGUGGUCCGGCAGGUCGGCCGCUACCUGACCUUUGCUGUGCGGAUGCCAGAGGAAGUUGUAAACUCUGUGGAGGAAGGUGACAACCAGGACUUGUACCUGUGUCUUCACGGCUGUCCUGCCAACCAGCGCAUCGACUUCAGGAACUUCAGGGCUCGAGCGGCGGAGGCCCACAGCGCAGGCAGGACCAGGAGCGGUACGGGGACGCAUGGCUUUACCUACCAGUCUGCAAAGGCCAAGUGCAAGGAGCGACUCCCAGUGGAGGAUCUGUAUUUUCAGUCAUGCGUGUUUGAUCUCCUCUCCUCUGGAGACAUUAACUUCACCAUGGCAGCCUACUACGCCUUUGAGGAUGUAAAAAUGCUCCACUCAAACAGCAAUAGAUACCACAUCUUUGAACAGGAUGCUUUUAUGAGUAAUGCAGCACAGAGGGGCAAAGAUUUACUUUCUCUCUUCCUCAUCAACCUCCUCGCUGUCUUGUUGUGGAUUGAGUGUUGCACUGUUCAUCUAUAGUCCCUCUACAACAAUAUCCUCAUGGUGUAUCUGUCAGUGAGUGUUAGAGUACCAUCGCUGUGUCGCACACCGCCUCCUCUCUUCUGCUCUGGUUCUGUGAGGAGACCUGGGGCUUGCCAGUAGGGUCAUCCCAGCCCUAAGUCUCCUUUUAGUUGUAUUGUCAUGUCUUGACUUUGGUCUAAUGACAAGGGGAGUCCACCUAUCAUCACAUGUAUUUAGCUGCUUCAUAUGACUGGUCUUUGAAGAGAGCAGCGGUGAGAGAGCCCACCUACCCCAGAGCUCAGGAUAUCCACCUGGGAUUAAAUCCCACAUUCUCACCAAGGCUGCAUGCCUCUGAGAAGCUGGACAAGAUGAUCUUUUGCAGAAAGAGGAGUUUGCUGAUCCUCCCUCCCCUGAUCCCCUCAUUGGUGCCAAGCCAGUGAAGCUCUCUGUGGCUCAUGUGGCGAAGCGAGAGGACCUGACAGGGGCUUUUGUUAACCUAAGGCCAGAAGCAGCUCUAUGUUUGAUUAGUUUCCAGCUUUGGAAAAGCCUGAGCCUUGUGGAGGAAGCACUCAGCCAAAAGGAUGUCAGAGCAGCGUCUCCAGUUGUCUGCUGUGGAGAUUAAUGGGUCAUAUUGUUAGGUUAUAUGUGCGUAUGUGUGUGUGUGUGUGUGUGUGAGUGUAUUAGUACAAUAUGUGUGCAGAAUUCAGCGUCUGUGGUUAAUUUUGUGUGUUUGUGGGUGCAGGAAUUCCCAGAAAUGAGAUAACAAAACUCCAGUGGGAUAAAUCCGUCCCAUGUCUUUUUGUUGCACCCAAAAUUUCAGAAAUAGGGAAGACGAGGCGCUCCACAGUCUGUUUAAAUGGACUCUAUCAGCCAAGUAGCAAAUCCCAAAAGGGAACUCAUAAAAAUAAUCUCUUUUCAUCCGUACAUCAUUCCCAGUGUCGUACAGCUUUUCCUUCCAUUGUUUGAGCUGACGUGGUGAUCAGACAGUGUUUGUAUUUUAAGUCUGUAAUGUGAAUGUAGCUAAUAAGAAAAAGCAAAAGAACAAACUUAGUUAAGGGCACUCGCAGCGUUUACACAAUGUAUAUCAACUAAUCAAAACUAUGACACCUCUUUGAGAGCGUUCUGUGACUUAAACUCUCUAUUUAAAGUAACAUUGGUACAGAUACUGUUAGUGCUAUAGCUGUAAGGACGUCGCCUCUCUAGUCAGUUUAGCAUUUUAUAGACUACCAGUGUGCUGACCUGACUGUGGCUUAUUGAGUAAAUGAUAAGCAUAUGUCUGUAGACGUGAUUUCAUGGCUUAAGUUGUUGCCAAAGAACAAGCCCUUGUGCCAACUUUUCCUCAACAACUGAAUUUUCAUCUUUCAGUCUUAAACAGUUCACAU